GGAAUGACGGCCUUCAUAAGAUAGUGGUUGGUCGCAAUCCCCUCGGCCUCGAACGUUUUAUAUGGCAACCAGAAGCUGCUCUCAUGAUGCUGCUCCUCCGGCCAAGGGCUGUAGCACUUGCCGCGCUCUUCGCGAGCCUAGCUCAAGGCUUCGAGCCCGUUUCGGCGUUCGACGAAGAUCAAGCUCCCAUGGUCUCGAGAACCCGCGCAUAUAUCCUCGAGUAUGAUACCACGGCAACCCACCUCAUUGCGAAGCGUGCCGAGAGCUUUCUGCAGCAUGAAAUCGAGGUCGUCUCCCAUUUCGACUCGCCCGUGUUCUCGGGUGCACAGAUCGUUGCGGCAGGGCAUGGCGUCGAAGAGCUGACGGCACUGCCUGGCGUGAUCCGCGCCUGGUCCGACGUGCAAGUCGAUCUUCUCGCGCCUGUCCACAAACGCGAAGAGCCGGCCAGCGCUGAGGAUGCGUCGAAGCACGAUGUCCACUGGGCCACAGGUGUGGACAAGCUGCAUCAGCGCAGCGUGCUCGGCGAGGGGGUCAAGAUUGGCAUCGUGGACACGGGCAUCUUAUACAGCCAUUCGGCGCUGGGCGGCGGGUUUGGUCCAGGCUUCAAAGUCGCUGGCGGGUACGACCUCGUCGGCCGGGAUUGGGCGCCUGGCGGCGUCCCCCGUCCAGGCCCAGAUCCAAUCGACCAGCAAGGCCACGGCACACACGUCGCCGGCAUCGUGGCUGGAGACGCGGCGGCUACUGGGUGGAAAGGCGUCGCGCCCGGAGCAAGUCUGUACGCAUACAAAGUGUUCGGGGCCUCCGGCUCGACCGACGUCUCGGUUGUCAUUGCAGCCCUUCUGCGGGCGUACGACGACGGCAUGGACAUCAUCACCGCGAGCCUUGGUGGACCGAGCGGGUUCCCUGACAAUGUGCUGGCUGUCGUGGCGAACCGGAUCGCAGCCGAGGGCGUCAUUGUCACCUUCGCAGCAGGCAAUGCGGGCGCGGCCGGGCCAUUCUUCCCCGACAACGGCGGCGCCGGGGACCUUGUUUUGAGUGUGGCCAGCGCCGAUGUCAAUGGCACGACAAGAACAUUGCAACCGAGCUCCUAUACUAGCUGGGGCGGACUCUACGACCUGUCAGCCAAGCCAGAUAUUGCCGCCCCUGGUCGCGACAUCUUCAGCUGCUGGAUCGGAUCCGACAACAACACCUUCAGGCUGGUAAGCGGUACCAGCAUGGCAACUCCAUACGUCGCCGGCGUGGCAGCGCUCUACCUUGCCGCUAGGGCCGGGGCCAGGAGCAAAGAAUUGUCCAAGGAGGCCAGUAUGCGCAUCAUCUCCAGCGGCGUCUCGCUCGAUUCGGCAUCAUCUGCGGGUGGUGUCAGCAAAGUCUACAAGGCGCCGGCAUUUCAAGUGGGCACGGGCCUGAUCAACGCCCUCAGUGUGGUGGACAGCACAGCGUCGAUCAGCCUGGCGCGGCUUGCACUUAAUGAUACUCAGAACAUGCGUUCGGAGCAGGAGAUUAUGGUCUACAACGGCGACGAGACGGCGCUCACCUUCACCUUUGGGCUCGAGGCUGCUGCAGGCUACGAGAUGCUCCAGGACCGCAACGCCGUCGAGUCUUCGGAGGAAACGCCCCGGAUAAAAUCCUGGCAGGACCUCGCACCCAUAAAGGCCGAGGCGAGGUUGAUUGCACCUGCCCAGCUGCAACUGGGCCCCGGUGAAUCUGGAAAAGUCAGUCUCGGGUUCACCGCUCCCACAGGCCUUAAUGCUACAGCUCUGCCACUGUACAGUGGCAAGCUCCUCGUCAAAGCGAGCAAUGGCGAACAACUCUCCGUGCCGUACCAAGGCCUAGGAUUCGACUUGUUCAGUGAAAUGCGGACAAUGUUCAGCGGCGCGUAUCCGCUUCUACGUGCAGGAUUUCCUCCCAAAGAUGCAACAACCUUCAACUUUGAUCUUAGCACGGGAGCACAGAGCUAUCCCAAAAUUUUCUCCAAAAUGAAAUGGGGCACACGCGAGCUUCGUUGGGAUAUAUACGAGCAGGGCUUUCGAAACGACGACCACCACUGGCGCUAUCCUCCCGUUGUGGGCGAGCAGGGCUACGUAGGCUCGGCGACAUCGUGGGCGUCCGCCGGCCAGGUUAGCAUGUUCGACCCAGCCAAGCACAACGCCAGCAACAUCAUUUCAUUCCCCCUGGCGGACCAGACCAGGAACGCGCUCGUCAGUGGGAGCUUUACUUCGACUUAUUACUGGAUUAAACCUGGAAAUUAUACUAUGCGCUUCGCCGCACUGAAGCCUUUCGGCGAUCGAGCUAGAAGCGACGGCUGGUCUGCUUUGACUAGAGACUUCAUGCUCAAUCACGCCAUGCCUUAG